AUGUCCGUAGUCGGAUUUGAUUUCGGUAGUCAGACCUCAUUCUGCGCCAUCGCCAGACAAGGAGGAAUUGAAGUCGUCGCCAAUGAAUACUCCAAGCGAGCCACAGAAACCGUUGUCUCUUUGGGCGACAAGCAGCGAUUCAUGGGAACAGCCGGAAAUGAAAAGCGAAUCUCAAAGAUCAAAUCCACCGUUCUCAAUUUCAAACGACUCAUUGGCCUCCCAUUCGAGCAUCCUGAAGUUCAAGAGCUCGUCACUGGCAAAUUUCCCGCCGCCUACAAGAUUGUCAAGGAUGAAGCCACCGGUCUUGCUGCCGUAGAUAUCCCAGGCGAGGGGACUUACACGAUCACGCAAGUAGCCGCCAUGUUCCUCGGAAAAAUGAAAGAAAUCUCCGACACCAACCUUGGCCGAAGCACGGAAGAUUGUGUCAUCACUUGCCCCGUCUUUUACGGAGAAGAGCAGCGACGAGCACUCCAAGAUGCCGCCGCCAUCGCCGGUCUCCGCCCUCUCCAGAUCAUGUCCGAAACCACCGCCGCCGCCCUCGCCUACGGUAUUUACAAGCAAGAUCUUCCCGAAGCCGCCGAUCCAAGCAGAAACGUCGUCUUCGUUGAUUUCGGCUUCAACUCGCUCCAAGUCACCACUGCCGCCAUGAACAAAGGCAAGCUCACCAUCCUUGGAUCCGCUUACGACAAGACCCUCGGUGGAAGCAACUUCGAUAAGGUCAUCUGGCAGUACAUGAAUGAUGCAUUCGUCGAAAAAUACAAAGUCGAUACGACCAAGAACAUCCGAGCCCUUGUCAAACUCGUUGAAGCUUGCGAAAAGACGAAGAAAACCAUGUCCGCCAACGCGAUCGACAUUCCUUUGAACCUUGAGUGUCUGAUGGAUGAUAAGGACGUCAACGGCAAAAUCAACCGGGAUCAAUUCCACGAGCUCGCGGCCCCGCUUCUCGAGCGAAUCAAGGCCACUCUUGUCCAAGGUCUCGCUGCUUCCGGUCUCAAAAAAGAAGAUCUCUACUCCGUUGAAAUCAUCGGAGGCGCCAGCCGAAUGCCAUGCUUCAAAGACGCUGUCAAAGCUGUCUUUGGUCUUGAUCCCUCUACUACGCUCAACACCGAUGAAGCCGCCGCGCGAGGUGCUGCGCUCAAAUGCGCCAUUCUCUCUCCUACUUUCCGUGUCCGCGAGUUCAACAUCGUUGAUAGUGUCAUCAACGAAAUCACCAUCGCUUGGGCAAACGAUGCCACUGGCACUGGUGGCGGAGACCUCAAGAUCUUUGCCGAAAAGAACCCGUUCCCUUACACCAAGGCUUUGACCAUCCAUCGAAAGAGUACCGAGAAGUUCGAGAUCUCGGCGAAGCUGACUGGCGCUGAGGGUGCAAACAGAGACCUUGGCAAAGCAGGAGAAAGGAAAAAGGUUAAACUUUACUUCCGAAUGGACGGAAGUGCUCUUUUCCAGCUUUCUGCUGCCGAGCAGCUUGAGCGAUACGAAGAGUGGGUUGAGGAACCUGUUGAACCAGUGAAGGGUGAGGAGAAGCCUGCUGAAGAGAAGCCAAAGGAAGAUGCUCCAAAAGAAGCUGGUGACGAAAAGAUGGACACCGAUAAGGAUGCUAAUACUUCCCAGGAUGGCGAAAAGAUGGAGACUGACACGCCUAAAGAAGAAGGUGAUGCUCCCAAAGAGCCUGAAAUGCAGAAGGUCAGAAAAGUUCGACAGCGAAAGCUCGCUCUCGCUAUCAAUACCCCCUUCCAGCUCGGAAGUCUCCCAACUGCAGUGCUCAACAAGUACCUCGAGAUCGAGUGCGAACUUAGAUCCAAGGACAAGGAAGAGCGAGACAAGUCUGACGCUCGAAACGCUCUUGAAGAGCUUGGCUAUGCCAUCAGAGACCGACUCUACGCCAGAUACGACGGCUACGUCCAGGAAGAAGAAAAAUCGAACCUCUCCAAGACAUGUGACGAGCUCGAAGACUGGCUUUAUGGCGAUGGAGAAGAUGAAGCCAAAGGAGUCUACGUCGAGCGAAAGAACGUUCUCGAAGCUCUCGUCCAGCCCAUCGAAAACCGUGUUGUUGAAUUCACGAAAAGACCUGCUGCCCUUGAGAAGCUGACAGCCACCCUCAACAAGUAUCAAAAGAUCUGUGGUGAGGUCGAGGCUCAGGUUCCCGAGAGCAAAUAUCUCCAUCUCGCCCCCGAGGACAUCAAAAAGAUGAACGAUGCUCUUGCCGAGGGCUGGGGAUUCUUCAACAGGACGCAGUCCGCACUGAAAGGCGUUGAAAAACACCAGGACGCUUCUGUUACUUCCUUCGACAUCGAAUCGAAAAGCAAUUAUAUUGAAAAUCUUUGCAAACCAAUUGCAAGCAAGAAGCCGCCAAAAGUCGAGCCGCCAAAGGAAGAAGAAAAGAAGGAGGAGGCUCCCGCCGCUGAGGAGAAGAAGGAAGAGAAAAUGGAGGCCGAUCCAGCACCCGCUAGUACGAACGACGAUCUGGAUUAA